AUGCAUUCAUUCAAGACUAAGUUGCCACGACACCCCAAACCGAUCAUUCACCCAUGCAAAUCGACGACUGAACCCAUAAUUAUCCAACGGCAUGAGCACCUCGCCUCCUUCACUCAAAGCACCCACAACACGAUCGAUCACAUCAUCGCCAUGCUCGUCGGUAAAGUUGGCAAACAGCGACAGCGAAGGGGUGAACUUGAAGGCGUGCUUCACGUAACUAUCAAUCGCCAUGACCUCAAGCGAUCCACCUAUAUUCGCUCGGGCCAUGGAAACCUUCCCUUCCGUGCCUGCUUCCCCCGGUCCAUAGCGAGUAAUGGACAUGAUGUUGGAUCCUGGAAUUGUUUGGACGUAGAAGUUCAGGGCGGUUUCGGCGUCGCCUUCGAACAUGAGGAAGGGGGUGACGGAUGUUGUAGUUGA